AUGUCACAGCUGUACUACCGGCGGACUGACAGCUCCUCGUACCGGGACCGCAUCCCGCUGAGAAUUGUGCGGGCCGAGUCGGAGCUGUCACCUUUGGAGAAAGCCUACCUUGGAGCUGUGGAGAAGGGAGACUAUGCUAGUGUCAAACAGGCUCUGGAGGAGGCAGAGAUCUAUUUCAAGAUCAACAUCAACUGCAUCGACCCUCUCGGCCGCACGGCUCUGCUGAUUGCCAUUGAGAACGAGAACCUGGAAAUCAUCGAACUCUUGCUGAGCUUCAGCGUCUACGUUGGCGAUGCCCUGCUGCACGCCAUCCGCAAGGAGGUGGUGGGAGCUGUGGAGCUGCUGCUAAAUCACAAGAAGCCGAGUGGUGGCAUGCAGGUUCCUCCUAUCUUAUUGGACAAGCAGUUCUCUGACUUCACCCCUGACAUCACUCCCAUCAUCCUUGCUGCACACACCAACAACUAUGAAAUUAUCAAGCUUCUGGUGCAGAAAGGUGUGUCUAUGCCACAGCCUCAUGAGGUGCGCUGUAACUGUGUGGAGUGUGUGUCUAGUUCAGACGUGGACAGCCUGCGGCACUCGCGUUCCCGCCUCAAUAUCUACAAAGCGCUGUCAAGUCCUUCUCUAAUUGCGCUCUCCAGCGAGGACCCCUUCCUCACUGCGUUCAGGCUCAGCUGGGAGCUGCAGGAGCUCAGCAAGGUGGAGAACGAGUUCAAAUCAGAGUAUGAGGAGCUGUCUCAGCAGUGUAAACAGUUUGCCAAGGACCUCUUGGACCAGACAAGAAGCUCCAGAGAGCUUGAGAUGAUCCUCAACUACAGAGAUGACAUCAACCUAUUGGAAGAAGAGGGCAACAACGACCUGGCAAGACUCAAACUAGCUAUCAAGUACCACCAGAAAGAGUUUGUAGCCCAGCCAAACUGCCAGCAGCUGUUGGCGUCCCGGUGGUAUGAUGAGUUUCCGGGCUGGAGGCGGCGCCACUGGGCCGGGAAGUUCUUCACCUGUGUGUUCCUCGGCCUCCUCUACCCUAUGUUUGCUCUCUGCUACCUCAUUGCUCCUAAGAGUCGCCACGGCCUCUUCAUCCGCAAGCCCUUCCUCAAGUUCAUCUGCCACACGGCAUCCUACCUGACCUUUCUGUUCCUGCUGCUCCUCGCCUCCCAGCACAUUGUCACCACAGAGCAGAACAGGCAGGACAGACAGGGCCCCGCACCGACCACUGUGGAGUGGAUGAUCCUGCCCUGGGUGCUGGGAUUCAUCUGGGCAGAGAUCAAACAAAUGUGGGAUGGUGGUUUCCAAGACUACGUCCACGACUGGUGGAACCUGAUGGACUUUGUCAUGAACUCUCUAUACCUGGCCACCAUCUCCCUCAAGAUUGUAGCCUACACUAAGUACAGUGGUAGUAAACCGAGGAACCAGUGGGAGAUGUGGCACCCAACACUUGUAGCUGAGGCAGUGUUUGCCAUAGCAAACAUUUUCAGUUCCCUGCGCCUCAUCUCGCUGUUCACAGCCAACUCUCACCUGGGGCCACUGCAGAUCUCUCUGGGUAGAAUGCUGCUGGACAUCCUGAAGUUCCUCUUCAUCUACUGUCUGGUCCUACUUGCGUUUGCUAACGGGCUGAACCAGUUGUACUUUUACUAUGAGACCAAGGCCUCAGAUGAGAGGGGGAAAUGCAAAGGCAUCCGCUGUGUGGAGCAGAAUAACGCCUUCUCCACGUUAUUUGAGACACUGCAGUCUCUCUUCUGGUCUAUCUUUGGUCUGAUCAGCCUGUAUGUGACCAACGUGGAUGCUGACCAUCAGUUCACUGAGUUUGUCGGCGCCACCAUGUUUGGCACCUACAACAUCAUCUCCCUGGUGGUGCUCCUGAACAUGCUCAUAGCCAUGAUGAACAACUCCUACCAGCACAUUGCUGAUCAUGCAGACAUUGAGUGGAAGUUUGCCAGGACAAAGCUGUGGAUGAGUUACUUUGAAGAAGGGGCCACUCUGCCACCCCCGUUCAACAUCAUUCCCAGCCCCAAAUCAUUCUGGUACCUCAUAUGCUGGAUAAAGAGACAAGUGUGCAAGAGGACCGGAUCCAAGCGCCCUGAAACCUUUGGAAGUCUCGGGAGGCGAGCAGCAGAGAACCUGAGGAGAAACCAUCAGUAUCAGGAGGUGCUGAGGAACUUGGUGAAACGUUAUGUGGCCGCCAUGAUCAGAGAUGCUAAGACAGAGGAAGGCCUGACUGAGGAGAACUUCAAGGAGCUGAAACAAGAUAUCUCCAGUUUUCGUUAUGAGGUGAUGGGCAUGGUGAAGACAGGGAAGCCUGCUCUACAGGGGGCAAAAGCCAGUGGGAGCUCAUCAGAGUCCAGCCUAGCUUACCCCAACUCCUCGCUCAAGGUUUCUCCCGCCCCCCAGAGCAGCCAGGGGAAAAGCAAAGUCAACCGUUUCAAGAUCAUCGCAUCCAUCCUCAAGCAGGGCGGUUCUACAGCUUCACCCAGGCCACCUGAAGCCUUCAAUGGUCUACCUAACGGACUCUUGGUCUCUGAUGACAGCUCCAGCAAAAGCCAGAGGAGGAAUUCCCCCAAAGAUAUCACUGACUUUGGCUUGUUCCAGAAACGCCACUGGAGUGGAAAUGAAGCCACAUUAGGUGCAGGAGAGGUUUCCAGAGAAAUGUACUCUUUGUCAGAGGAGGCAGGCGAGUCCGGGGGCUCAGACGCAGAGCAGCAGGACAAAGAGCAUCAGGCGAGAGUUAAGGAUGAAAAAGAACUCCUGCAGUCAGAGAAGACGGAGGAAGCUGCAGCAAAUGAAAACGACAAUGUAAUGAACACCAACAAUAGCUCAGAUGAAGGUGGGAAAAAAGAAACCGAGGAAAAGGAUAAAGAGAGUUUCUCCUGCGGUGACUCAGUAGCUGGUGGAUGUUUGUCAGUGUCGUCCAGAGAAGAAGCAUAAACUGUGGCGGUACAUGGAUAUAACUAAUAAGUAAUGCUGGACUGAAGAAAGAAAGAGAGAGAGAGACAGACAAUCAAUGUGAGUUUCAAGAAAGGUUGUCUUUUUCCAGUUAUUUCUAAACUAAUGAUCAGAUUUGAUCUUUGAGGGACUCGGGGAGGCUUUUGGUUUAACUUCUUUUAAAUGCAGUUAUAUAAGAAGUAGGGAUGGAGCGAAGGUAAACGGAGAUAUGUGUGAGCAUAACGAGGAUUUAGAUUU